GCCUGGCUCCCCUGCCCUAUAAGUGCUGGGAGCAUCUGCCAGACCACAGGCGUGGGCCUGCAGCUGAGCAGGGUCACCAUGGCCCUGGGGCCCACCGUCCUGCUUGUCCUGCUCCUGUGUGUCCAGGACCUGACUGUCCAGGCUACCGACACCUGUCCAGAGGUGAAGUUGGUGGGCGUGGAGGGCACCGACAAGCUCGCCGUUCUCCGGGGCUGCCCGGGGCUGCCUGGACCCCCAGGGCCCAAGGGUGAGGCAGGAGCCAAAGGAGAGAGAGGAGAACGAGGCACCCCUGGACUCCCUGGCAAAGCAGGACCGCCUGGGCCCAAAGGGGACCAAGGGGUCCAAGGGAUCCGUGGAGAGAAAGGAGAUGCUGGGUCUUCUCAGUCCUGUGCUACAGGGCCUCGGAAUUGCAAGGAGCUUCUCAGCCUGGGCUACUUCCUGAGCGGCUGGCACACCAUCUACCUGCCUGACUGCCGGCCCCUGACCGUGCUCUGCGACAUGGAAGUGGACGGUGGCGGGUGGACCGUCUUCCAGCGCAGGCUUGACGGCUCUGUGGACUUCCUUCGGGACUGGGCCUCCUACAAACGGGGCUUUGGCAGUCAGCUGGGGGAGUUCUGGCUGGGGAAUGACAACAUCCACGCCCUGACGGCCCAGGGCAGCAGCGAGCUCCGCGUAGACUUGGUGGACUUUGAAGGCAACCACAGCUUUGCCAAGUAUGACUCCGUCAGGGUGGCAGGCGAGGCGGAGAAGUACAAGCUGGUGCUGGGCGCCUUUGUCAAAGGCAGUGCAGGAGACUCCCUGACGUCCCACAGCAACAAGUUCUUCUCCACCAAAGACCAGGACAAUGACCAGAGCGCUGCCAACUGUGCGGAGCAGUACAGCGGGGCCUGGUGGUACGGGGACUGCCACGUGUCCAACCUGAACGGCCUCUACCUCAGAGGUCCCCACGAGAGCUAUGCCAAUGGCAUCAACUGGCUUUCGGGAAAGGGGUACAGAUACAGCUACAAGGUGGCGGAGAUGAAGCUGCGGCUCACCUAGCUCCGAGUGGAGACCCCUCCGCCCUCGGGGCAGAGGCUGCUGUGCGACGCAGCCACAGCAGAAUCGUUGGGGCUCCGUCCCCAGGAAGGCGCUGCCCCGCCUCCUGCUGUGUGCCCUUUGCCCUGCAGCCCCAUCCACCCUCCGUGCCAAAGCCCGCUUGCCCCACCCGUCUCCCCCACCGGAGAGGGAAUUAUGUUUCCAAAACACGUUUGUCCGGCAGA